AUGGGGGCGCCGGGCCGGGUCCUGCUGUGGCUGCAACUCUGCGCGCUGACGCGGGCCGCCUACAAAUUCUGGGUCCCCAACACCGACUUCGACGCCGCCGCCAACUGGAGCCAGAACCGGACCCCGUGCGCGGGCGCCGCCGUCGAGUUCCCCGCGGACAAGAUGGUGUCAGUCCUGGUGCGAGAAAGUCACAGCAUCUCGGACAUGCUCUUGCCGCUGGACGGGGAAUUCGUCCUGGCCUCAGGAGCUGGAUUCAGCGCCCGGGACUUCGGCUCGCACCUGGACUGUAGCACAGGCGGCCCUGCGCUCUUCCGCGACCCCGACCGCUUCUGCUGGCACGACCCGCGCCUGUGGCGCUCCGGAGACGCGGCGCACGGUCUCUUCUCCGUGGACGCCGAGCGCGUGCCCUGCAGCCACGACGACGUCAUCUUCCCGUCCGACGCCUCCUUCCGGGUGGGUCUCGGCCCGGGCGCCGGCACGGUGCGCGUCCGCAGCGUCCGGGCUCUGGGCCAGACGUUCACGCGCGACGAGGACCUGGCUGCUUUCCUGGCGUCCCGCGCGGGCCGCCUGCGCUUCCACGGGCCGGGCGCGCUGAGCGUGGGCCCCGAGGCCUGCGCGGACCAGUCGGGCUGCGUCUGCGGCCACGCCGAGGUGCAGCCGUGGAUCUGCGCAGCACUGCUCCAGCCCCUGGGUGGCCGCUGCCCCCAGGCUGCCUGCCGAGACCCCCUCCGGCCCGAAGGGCAGUGCUGCGACCUCUGCGGAGCCAUCGUAUCGCUGACCCAUGGCCCGGCCUUUGACCUGCAGCGGUACCGGGCGCGGCUGCUGCACGCCUUCCUGGCUCUGCCCCAGUAUCAGGGGCUGCAAAUGGCCGUGUCCAAGGUUCCGCGCCAGCCCCGGCUCCGCGAAGCCUCAGGCGCGAAGGCAGACACGGAGAUCCAGGUGGUGCUGGUGGAGACCGGCCCCGAGACCGGCGGCGCGGGGCGCCUAGCCCGGGCCCUCCUGGCGGACAUCGCGGAGCACGGCCAAGCCCUCGGGGUCCUAUCGGCGACCGCUCGAGAGUCGGGCGCGCCCGUUGGGGGCGGCUCGGCGGCGGGGCUGAACGCGCCGGGGCCGCGCGCGGGGCUGGCGGGCGGCCUGGCGGCCGCGCUGCUCCUAUUACUGCUGGCGUUGCUGGCGGGGGCGCUGCUGCUGCGCCGCGCGGGGAGGCUCAGGUGGAGGAGGCGCGACGAGGCGGACCCCGCGCCGGCUGGGGCGCCUGUGGGCUUCCACAACCCUGUGUUCUACGCGGCGGACCCGGCGGAGGCGCUCCCCGCCCCGCAGCUGGACGUCUGGAGCUCCAGCCGCAGCUACUUCGUUAAUCCGCUCUUUGGCGAAGCCGAGGCCGAGGCCUGAGCGGCCGCGGAACCUGUCCCCGCCCCCGCGCCGGCGUCGCAGGCCCUGCGGGAUACCCUCUGCUGGCCAAGGACAGGGUGUCCUUGCUCAAUAAAGGGCUUUCCCGCACCUGCAGUCAGCCGUGGACACACUGCUUCCUGCGUUGCCACCCCUCUGCCCCUGCCUGGUGGGAUGGCGAGGGGUGGUCCUCAGAGCCUGUGCCGGCUGGCGCCUGGCCACCCGCCCAGGGCAGUCCUGGGUACUACCUGUAGGCUGGGGCGGUCCGAGGCUUCUGGCCUGCGAGGUUCCACCCAGAAUUAGGAGGGGGCUGCCCCGGUUCUGGAGGAGCCCAUGGAAGAAGCCCCUAAGGCUAGGGAGGGGACUGAAGCAGGAGGGGGCGGUGGGGAGAGGCAAAUCCGAGUGGGGCACCAAGGAGGGUGGAUAAGUGAGCUGCCAGGUGCUUCCCUACCUCAUGCCAAGCUGCUCGGACCCAGGGCCAGCCAGGUGGACCUGGACUUCCGGCAGACUGGGCUGCCCGGAGGAGCGCUCCUAGGGACACAGUAGAUCUGUUCCCUCUGCUGGGGGCGGGGGCAGGGGCAGAGCCGCCCGCCACAAUGGUGGAGCGUGUCAGAGAGCUGGCAGGUGCGUCCUGCUGGGUGGGGGCUGCUUGGUGUCCAUCGCUGCAGGGCCAGGCCUCGCCCUCUCCCUUCUGAGGGCAGCUCUGACCCGGAGGGUGGGUGUCGGGACUGAGCCGCUCUGAGUAGGACACUCACUUGGUAGGUGCUUGAUGGGGCAGCAGUGGGACGGUGAAUCGUGUGUGUGUGUGUGUGUGUGUGUGUGUGUAAAGUUGUACUGACGGAUGCCCAGCUUGAACUGUCAGGGACACUUCUGUGUAAGCAGCAUCUGAAAACAUCCCCCCCUCGCUCCCCCCCCCACCAAGGGUAACCACGUGCGAGCCUCUAACAGUGAAUUUGCUUGUAAGUUUCCAUCAGUCGCGAAGCUGUGCUCUGUGGUCAGUAUCCUGCCUGUGAAGCUCACCCAUGUUGUGGGUGGUCGUUACUCGGUGCUGUGUAGCUGUUGCAAUAGCUAAUAUUUCAUUUAAAAAACGACUGACGCUUCAGCACCCGUGUUUCAGAGCUGUGAGAGGUGCUCACCUCACGUGGGUCAGACAUCAGACGGAGGGAGGGCCAAUGUCCAAUCCCAUCAUCUCUGACCCCGAGGCCCCGGCUGCCCACGUGGCCGCUCACCACUGGCCUUUGCUCGCUUUUCAGUUUUCCAGGUGCUGUGAUUUCAGUCAAUUGUCUCUGCCUGUGCUUUGGGUGGUCUCCUUUCAGGGACAGGUGGGAGGAUUGUGUCUGCUCCUAAAAUUUGCCAUGCUCCUUCCCCAGCUGUGAGAAUGGAGGCCCACAGUGAGACGGGCCUGGGUCCCUGCCGGCCGGCGGGGCUGUUUGGGCUGCGGAGCCCAGGCCGUGCUGAUUGAUUGGCGGAGCCGCAAGGGUGCCCAGGACGCUCCCCGAGCAUCACCUGCCAGGCACCCGGCUGCUGUCUGUGCUCUACUGUAUCCUUGCACCACCCUCUUCGGCAGGUGCCGUCACUGCCCACACGUUACCAGAGCUUACUGGGGGUCAGAGCAAACGAUGAAACCCAACUCACCGCAGGCUGCUCCCCGCCCUGGGGGCCAGAGCCCCCAGUGUGGCCACCCAUCCAGCCCAGCCUCCCCAUGAGCUCCCCCUCCUGGGGGUGGUCUGCCCCACCCUACCCCCGGGGCUGCCAAAGGGCCAGCGUGGGCGUGCGUCUGUCCCACGCAGCUUCCCUCCCGGGGCGUUGCUCUGCCUUGUGGGCUCAUGGGCACAUCACCCUUUCCCAGCACUGGGGUCCCCGGUGCAGCAGCCGGCCCCGCCCUGCCCUGGCCCUGGAGGGCACCUGCUGCUCUCAGGCUGAAUGCCCAUCUGCCUGUCCUGGCACGGACACUUGGCCAGACGGCCCCCCUCUCCAGCCAGUGGCCCACCCCUGACCCUGCCUACCAUGAUGCAGGGUGUCCCCAGGAGGCCCCCAUCGUGACGUUGGCAGGCAAGAGGUCCCAGCUCUGGCGGCUGGUUCCUGCCACGUGGACACGAACCUUUAGUGUGGACCCCGCCUGAGCAAAUGACUAAGAAUGGCUU